AGUCAUUUACGUGACGGCAUUCAAGUCAGUCGUUUUUAAGCUUUCGCGUUGUGCAGUCGAGUUGGACGCAGCGAGCGCUAGCCAGUUGAAUGCAUUGAGUUGAUUGUGCGGUGUAAAUGAAUAAGCUGCAAUUGUAGCUUGUGCCGGAGUCGGAAAUUGCAAAUUUAAUUCGCAAUAAAAGUGCAAGCGUAUUUGAAAUAUUUUUAUAUAAAAUUUACAAGUGAAAAAUUUUCAUAGUGUAAAAUACAAUAAACGGUAUGCUGUCUCUGAGCUUGUGAAAAAAGGUGCGCCACACACAUAAACGCACGCAAGAGUCGUCUACUCCUUGCAGCGGCUCUACAAGAAUAUUCUGGUGUCUUCACAAAGCAAAAAUUAAACAACAUGCAUUUAAAUAUAUCGCAAGCAGAUAAAAACGACACGUUCACAGAAUAAACAAUUAUUGCUUCCAAAACGUCUCAUUACUGCCAGGCUUCAACUAAAUUGAGCACUAACUUCAGAUCAGCUGCCCAGAAGUGCGUGUGAUCCAAAGCAGCUGUGUCUGUGGAAGUUUUCGUGACUGAAGUGCAUGUCACAGGAAUCAAAUACAUUAACCACAAAAAGAAAUUCUAAGCAUUUAUUCUACAUAAAUCGGUGCAUAAGUGUGCGUGGUUUGUCUGAAGUGCCAGCAAGCUCGAAUAUCAAGUAGAUUUGUAAUCAAGAAAUAAAACAAAAGAACGGUAAAAUAAUAGGCAAUUUGUGUAAAAUAAAGAACGGAAAUGUGUGACGGAAGACGCGCUACAGAAAUGGAUCACUAAGUAUUAGAAAAGAUAGAGAGAAAAAGAGAGUGAGAGUGCUGCGAAGACACAUAUACUGCCAUUAGUAAAUUCUAGCUCACUCAUAGCAGAAGGAAUUUUUAGAACCACACGCAAAGCAAACAAAAACUAACAUGUUUCUGCCAGUUAAAUCGAAUAUCUCAACGGAGAAUAAUUCCGCGGGUGGCAAUAAUGAGGACGUCACCACCACCAGCAACAAUUCCACACAAACACCAAGCGACUUAAGCCCACCGGGUCCGAAUGAGGAGGUCUUGCCGCAGGCGCAUCAUCAAAAUCCCGGCCACUGCAUCGCCUCCUUUGCGGCCAUUAAUCAAAUGCGCAACAACACGCAGCUUUGCGAUGUCUUUGAAGUGGGCGGCGAAACUAUACAAGCUCACAAAGUGGUACUUGCCUCUGUCUCACCAUAUUUCUAUGCCAUGUUUAACGAUGAUAUGCUGGAGCGCAAUCAGGGCGCGGUGCGUUUACACGAUGUCGAUGUGACAGCGCUGCGUCAACUCAUCGAUUACACAUACACCGGCGAGAUUACCAUAACCGAGGAAAACGUAGGUGCUCUGCCCGCCUCCAGUUUGUUGCAAAUUCAUUCAGUACGCGAGGCAUGCUGCAAAUUCUUGCUGCCUCAUCCAUCCAAUUGCCUGGGCAUACGCAGUUUUGCGGAUGCUCAUUCUUGCAAGGAGCUGCAUACUCGAUCACAUAAAUAUGCGCUACAAAACUUUCAGCAAGUCGUUGGAACCGAGGAGUUUUUACUUUUGCCAUUCGAUGAGGUCAAAGAUCUGAUAUCAAAUAAUCAACUGAACAUUUGCUCCGAAGAGAAAGUAUUCAUUGCUGUCCUGAAUUGGGUCAAGCACGAUCUGGCCGAACGUCAAUGUCACAUAGCCGAAUUGAUGAGCCACGUACGCUUGCCUUUAGUGGGGCGUGACUUCCUUAUGACUUGCGUUGAAACAGAGGCGCUCAUACGUGAGGAUGGUCAAUGCAAGGAGCUCUUGCUCGAAGCCAUGAAAUACCAUUUACUGCCAGAACAGCGCAGCUUGAUGAGCAGCCAACGCACACAAGAGCGCCGACCGGAAGGCAUGAAGCCGUAUGUGUUCGCUGUGGGUGGCGGCAGUCUCUUCGCCAUACACAACGAGUGCGAGGUGUACAAUCCGCGCACCAAUGCUUGGACGCCCAUCGCACCGAUGCUGUGGCGUCGUUCACGUUCCGGUGUAACGGCGCUACACAAACAACUCUACGUCGUCGGCGGUUAUGAUGGCGUAAGCGACCUCAGCACUGCCGAAUACUAUAAUCCGCUGAUUAAUAAGUGGACUAACAUCACGCCGAUGGGCACGAAACGCUCGUGUCUCGGUAUUUGCGCUUACGAUGGACUGCUCUACGUUUGCGGUGGUUACGAUGGCGCCUCGUGUCUGAGCAGCAUGGAACGUUACGAUCCGUUGACGAGCAUUUGGAGUUCAUGUCCUGCAAUGAAUACGCGCAGACGCUACUGCCGUUUAGCGGUGUUGGACAAUUGCAUUUACUCUUUAGGUGGCUUCGAUUCCACCAACUAUCAGUCGAGUGUGGAGCGUUUUGAUCCACGUGCGGGACGUUGGUUCCCCGUGCAGAGCAUGACAGCGCGACGCAGUAGCUGCGGUGUGGCUUCCUCCGAUGGCUAUUUGUACUGCAUCGGCGGCAAUGAUGGCACGAUGUGCAUGUCGAGCGGAGAGCGUUUCAAUUUGCGUCGCAACGCAUGGGAACCAAUCGCCGCCAUGCAUUCGCGAAGGUCGACACACGAGGUGGUCGAGGUGGACGGUGCGCUAUACGCGCUCGGCGGCAACGACGGCUCAUCCUCGCUAAAUUCCGUAGAACGUUACGAUACGCGCCUGAACAAAUGGACCGUAGUCAAUUCGAUGGUAGCACGUCGCAGUUCAGUCGGCGCUGCGGUGCUGGAGUGCUUUCAUCUCGAACGCGGACUGGUACAGACAACGAACUUAUGACCUUUGUCGACAAUAGCCGAAACAUUUGCGGCGGCGGCAGCAGCAGCCGUAGUAGUUGGAAAUGGUAGUGGCGGCAGCGCAGCAACGGCGACGAAUGGCAGCAGCAAUAACCAUCAAGCAACGACAACAAACGGCGUCACAUCGACGCUGACGAACAAUCUCAUCGUGCCAGGACGUGCAGUUAGUGGACGCAGCAUGCUGGGCGCGGCCGAAGUGAGCGGCAGCAUCGGCAGUCUGAUGAGCAGUAGCACGAAUGCGCUCAGCACCUCGGCGCCAACGACAACGUCCACAUUGCGACGUUUACGCGAACGCGAGAGGGAACGUGAAAGAGAGCGUGACAGCAGCAGCGCAGAGAAUCGUGUAAAUGGCGUUGUGGUAGCCGGCAGCGGAAGUAGUAGCAGCGCAGCAGCGGCUGGCGUUAAUGGCACUGGCGGCGCUACGACUGGCAAACCACCGUCAACUGCUUGAUGUCUGCGCUUCAAGUGAUGCGAACGGGGGGAGUAAAUCUAAUAAGUGCAGACUUAUUAAGCGAAUGUGAAGGAAUUGAGAGUUUGUGGGUGAGAUAAAAAGAUAAUGAGGAAAUAUAAGAAAGUAGCGGCUGGAGUAAGUGGUUAUAUGCAGCUAUAGUCUGCGAUCUAGAGACGCGCGGAAAAGUUAGUGGCAAGCUAAGCAGUAUUUCUAGUCAAACAAGACAAAAUAUGUGUGUAAAUUGAUUGAGUUGGUUUUUAAGAAUGUUUGAGACUGUGUCGGAAAUUGUGCGUGUAACGGUAAUGUAAAUGGCUAGAACUCUCUUAAAAGUAUAUAAUUAAUUAAUGUAUUAGCACGAAAAGGCGUUGAUGCAAUUUUCCAUAGGUGUUUUUAUGUAAGAAUAGAAUAUUUUUUACCAGCCUUCGCCCGCCACAACCCUACUAAUGCACACACAUUCAUUAGCACGUACAUAUUUACAUAUAUAUAUAUUAUAUAUAAAUACUUAUAUAACUAAAAUCACAUCAACAAAAUAUUUUCUAUGUACAUAUAUACAUACAUACAUACAUAUGUACAUACGCAUUUAUACAAUGAAAUAUAAUAAAUUUUAAGCUCAUUUAGGGCGAAACUAAUUAUGCAAUGCAAACAAAUUUAAAAAUUAAAACCUAACCUAAAAUAAAUAAAACUGUACUGCCCCCAAUUAGCUAGUUUUACACAAAAAGAAAACUUCUGAACUGCAACAAAAAGUUGGUUCAUGAUUAUUUAGGGAAUGCGUUAUAAAAGAUUUUGCAUUUACGCAAAACAAAAACAAAUAAUAAAAACUAAAAAAUUUUGGUGCGCAAGUAAGCAAGCAAAUGGAAUCGAAUAGCGAAAAAUCUACAAAUAUUUAUAACCCACAUGCAUACAUGUAUACAUAUGUUAAGUAUGCAUUGAAUUAUGGAGUUUUUUAUAAAUUUAUUUAAUGUUUUAGCAAUAAUUAAUUAAGCGCAUACACACAUACAUAAAUCGAAAAUAAGCGGAAAAUGUCAAAGAAUAAAUUAUCAACAAAACUGCGUACACAUAUAUAAAUAUAUAUAAAUAAAGCUAAUUUUAGAUAAAAUAGAUUUUAGCAUUAAAGAAAGACAACUUCUAACCACCUACCCACAAACUACGAUUUACCUAAUAAGUGUACUACAAACCAACAAACAAGAAUCAAUUUAUAUAUAUUACAUACUUACAUACAUACACACAUACAUACAUACUUAUGUGUUCGCAGAAGAAGCAGAAAGUAAAAAUUUGCAUAUUACAACAAUAAUAGCGUUAUGCAUAUGCCUAUGUAUAUGUAUUUCGAAUAUUCAACCACACAUGCAUUCACGCACUCAUAUAUACAUGCAUACAAUACAAUACAAUACAUACAUACAUAGAAUACAACACAAUACAAAACAUACAUAUGUACAUACAUGUGUAGCAAAAUAAUAAGGCAAAUUUUAAGGACUAUUUAUUUGUGUGUCUAAAGGCCUGCAUUCGAGAAGUCCACUUAUUUGGCGCUCUCCGGCCGCAACAAACCGAAUUCUUAUGCAAUUACUAACAAUUCAAAUACAUACAAACAAUUAUGGUAGAA